GCCCCGCCCCUUUACGGCAUACGUCAUCAGCGGAGGUUAUAAAAAGGGCCGGAGGCGCGGUGUUCUUUGAGGAGGCUGCGGGGCUCGUUAUGGGGCAGCUCUUUGCAAAGCUUUUGAGCGUCUUUGGAAGCCGAGAGCAUAAGGUGAUCAUUAUUGGCUUGGACAAUGCUGGGAAAACCACCAUCCUCUACCAGUUCCUAAUGAAUGAGGUUGUCCACACGUCACCUACAAUUGGCAGCAAUGUGGAGGAAAUUGUCAUGCGCAAAACACACUUCCUGAUGUGGGACAUCGGUGGACAAGAGACGCUGAGAUCAACUUGGAACACCUACUAUUCCAACACAGAGUUUGUUAUUCUUGUGAUCGACAGCACAGACCGUGAACGGUUGACCAUGACAAAAGAGGAGCUGUACAAGAUGCUGGCGCACGAGGACCUUCGUAAUGCAGCCGUGCUGAUAUUUGCCAACAAGCAGGAUAUCAAAAAUUCCAUGUCUACCUCUGAGAUCUCAAAGUUCCUAACCCUGAGCUCCAUCAAAGACCAUCCAUGGCACAUUCAAGGAUGUUGUGCUCUUACAGGAGAGGGGCUUCCAGCUGGUCUAGAAUGGAUGGUUUCUCGAGUUGCAAGCAAGUGACCUCAGCCAAAUGCUCCUGGAGGAAAGACCGAGAGGAACCUUGUGCAUAUUUAUUUCUAUUUUGUAAGACUCUUAGGACUUGUGGGACAUUGUUGGGCUCUAUAACUUUACAGAGCCAACGGAACUUAAUUUUAAAUGCUUUAACAGUAUACAGAAUAUCAUAGGAGGUGAUGAUGAACUGUGCCAGUACAGAAAAAUAAUGGAAGAUCCCUUUUGUGUCAGACUUUGCCAUACAGACAUACUUCACGCCAUUACAGAGGGAUGAAAAAUGGAACACAUUUCUCCUUUCUUGAUAUGCCUUAAAUUGUCAACCUCAUGAACUUAGUUACAAAAAAGCCGUGGAAUGCAAAGGACACAGAGUGUUUUCGGCCUUCUCUCCACUCCAAAAUACUUUGCCUUCUUAUUUUGGGAUCAGCAAAAGUCCACUCCUAACCUUAUCUUUUUUACUCUGGUUGUUUUCCAAGGUCAAGAAUAAGCCUCUGGAACAAACAUGUCAAAUUCUCCUUAUUCUUCAAGGAUUGCUGCAAUUUCUUUGUGCAUCAUAUGCAACAGAAUAAUCAGGAUACUGCUGGUCUGCCCAUUGGUGUGUCUUGCUCAGUCCUUUUGGGUAGACUUAUGCCUUUUUAACAAUGCCCAACUUGUUAAAACAUAGGAAGAGCAAUCUUGGCAGUUGUUUGGGGUAUUUUUAAAAUAUAGGAUUUAAUGUAUUUAGACAAGGAAUCUCUAGAUAGCUGUAUUGUUGAACUGCAACCCCAGAAUUACCUUGUAGGAUGAAAAAGUUGCCUUGACUUAUUCUAAUACCCCUACUAUUUGCUAAAUGGGGCAGAUGUCUUCAGGAAUUUGUGCAGACCUUUGAGGAGGUGAUUACAGCCUAAAUGUGACUGUAUAUCAGGGAUGGGCAAAAUGUGGCCCUUCAGAUGUUGCUGGACUACAAGACCCACUAACUCUUCAUCAGUGGUUAUAUGGUCGAUGGGAAGUAUAGUCCAACAUUGGAAAGUGUAGAAGUUGCCCAUCAUGGUUAUAAACAUCAUCUUCUGGACCUAAAACACUGCCGUCAACAGUUUUAUACUCCCAGUGGAUGUAGUGUCAAAAUUGUGUAACCUCGUUGUGCCUUGUGUGAGGACACCAUUAAUAUCUCUUCUGAAUGGUUCUACGGUGAGUAUAUGGUGAGCAAAAGGAGGACGGAUUACACCACUUUGAACUACAGAAGUGUUUGAAAAUCGCGUCCUCCGUGGGAAAAAAAUUAAACCCACUCGAAGAUGAAUGCAAAAGAGGGAAGGCACAGUCUUACAAGUACUGGGUUUACUGUUUACAUUCAAUAUUUUCUUAUAGAAGUGUUGCAGUCAUUUAAGUGCCUCUUCAGUUGACACUUCCCUAAGACAUGGAAGGAAGUACAGACCUAAAUUCUCUUCUCAGUCCUGACUAUGUAGACCUGUUGGAUCGGUAUAAUUUGUCAACAGUGAAACCUCCACAUUCACUGGAGUGGGGCAUAGGACCCAAUGAAUUUUUUUAAAAAAAAUUAAUAAAAUUCUGUUUUUUAACCUCAGUGAGCACCUCUCUAGGAAUUUUUAGGUCUUCCAUCAUGACUGGUCAUCUUCUGCUGGAAGCUGAACAUAAAAUCCUAUUGGAGGAUGUAAAGUGCAGGUGUAAAAACACAAGGUCCACAGGCUGAAUCUGGACCACCGUGAUAUUUUUAUGUGGCCCGCUCCUGUGUUGUUUAUAAUUAGACAUCAUGACUAGAGCUGAUGGAAGAUGUGGUAGAGUAACAUCUGGAAGGCUGUUCUGCCUAAACAGGAGAAUGGGGUUUGAAUAUCAAUGCAAGGCUUGUGGAUAUGAUGCCUGACUUUAAAAUGUCCUUUAGCUUUUCCUCACCAUCACAGCCACAAGUGCAGUUGUGUUGCAGUUCCCAUUUCUCCACUGCACGGCAGAUAAUCAAAAGAGAUGGGAGUUCAAUAACAUCUGGGGGCCCAAACUGAGUAAAAACUAAAGAGCACCAACCACUAUGUAAAAGAAAUAAUAGUUGGCUCUCUGUAUCCAUGGAUUCAGUAGCCCUAUGAAAGCAACCAAAAGGCUGAUGCAUGUGAAAAUGAGCUUGACACCCCUGAGGUAGAGAUUCCUAGAGAGAUGUCUCUAGAUAUCUCUUAAAUUCUCCAGCAUGACUAGAGAAAGUGGAUCACCCUGUAAGGUGUAGGUAUUCCUAGAGAACAUUUUUGAUCAAAUCCUUUAAUGAUCAAAUCCGCAAAAGUCAAAACCUCAAAUAUGGAGGUAUGAGGGUAUAUGUUGUCUCAUCAUUCAACAAUUCAUUCAAUUGAUCCCUUCUAGCUGAAACUUAACAACAGACUGCCAGUCAGUUUUGUCAUUUCACACAAUCCAGUUAUUGUGUACCCUCCAACUUCCUCAAUUUGGCAGAGACCGUUUUAAUUAAUCCUCUGUCAUUUUUUUUAAAAGCUGCUUUUAAAAUGUCCCAGUACAUUUAUCCUCCUCCCACCUUCCCCCUUUAUUCUCAGUUUAGGUCAUUUUUGUGAGUUUAUUUUUAUUCUGCCUUUCUCCUGAUAUAGGGGUUGAAGGUGGAAUUCAGGAGAUAAAAAAGGGAAUUUUGCUCUCCCUGCUACUCUCAGGCAAAAGCAAACUACUACAGCAUCUCCUAACUUGUGUGUUCUUCCUGAUACAUCAUUUUUGCCAUCUUGGCUACACAGUUUAAGUGGAAUAAUGGGGUAGCAUGAAGGGAUCCUUGGUUACUUCAACGCAAGAACAAAUCCUCACCUUGGUAAACCGCACAGUAUUUUUAUAGAUGUUGACCGGCUCAUAACUUAGAAUUUAUUUGAACAGAAUAUAUUUUCUCUUAUUAUGGGGUAUUUUUUAACAAUGUAUUCCCAAACAAAUGUUCUGUUUGGAGCUUUUUUUAAAUUAAAAUAUUUCUUUGUAA